ACGUAAAGCCCAACCACCAGAAAAAUACUAGGGCACACUACUCCUCUACCCUCUCUGAUCUCUCUCUCUGUGAAGCUAAAUUUUGUCUUCUCCGGAAAUCUCAAGCUUUGGAUCAUCGAACUUCAGAAACAGUUGGAAGAGGAGGAAAAAGAAAAAACUAAAAAGAAGAAAUAAAGCAUGGGUGAAAGGAUGUCGGAGCAUGAGGUUGCAAAUCCUACACACAACAAGAAAACUGGUCUGCCCCGUAAACGUUUUUAUAGAGCUCGUGCUCAUAGUAAUCCGUUAAGUGACUCGCAUUUUCCAAUUCCUAUUUCCCCUGCUGAGGUUGAUUAUUCCCUACAUUACCCCGAAAUGGUUAAAGUAGAUGGUUCUAAAAAGAUCCAGUUUGCUGAUGUUGGUUGCGGAUUUGGGGGUCUUUUAAUCGCCCUUGCACCCCUUUUCCCUGAUACCCUUAUGGUUGGGAUGGAGCUGAGGGACAAGGUGACAGAGUAUGUAAAGGAGCGAAUUUUGGGGUUGAGGACGACUAAUCCUGGUCAAUACCAGAAUGUUUCGGUGGUACGGACCAAUUCAAUGAAGUACAUUCCAAAUUACUUCGGGAAAGGACAGCUUAAAAAGAUGUUUUUCUUGUUUCCGGAUCCCCAUUUCAAAGAGAAGAAUCAUCGUCGACGGGUUAUUAGUCCGUUCUUGCUAGACGAGUAUGCGUAUGUGCUUGCAGUUGGUGGAAUUAUAUACACAAUAACAGAUGUUGAGGAGCUUGGUGAGUGGAUGAAAUCGUGUUUGGAAGAACAUCCAAUGUUUGAGCCACUUACAACUGAAGAACUUGAAGCUGAUCAGGUUGUAAAACUCCUCAGUACUGCAACAGAAGAAGGACAAAAGGUAGCACGCAAUGAUGGACAAACAUUCCGAGCUGUUUAUAGACGAAUUGCAACUCACUGAGUUAUCACGGUGAAAUUCUAGGAAUUUUUGUAACUUUAUUCGCUGCUUUGAGUCUUCAUACAUGCUUGAUGGUAAGAGAUGAGAUUUUCUUUGUCUUCCGCUGUUGAGCCAAUACAAUUGUGGUCUGCGCACUAAUUAUAGAUACAUCUUGUGACGGAUUAUAGAGAUUAAUCACCAUUUGGCCUUUUCUUCCUUCAUUUUGGUUGUCCCAUUCUUGAGAAUGCAGUUAGUUUUGAUUUAUUUAAGUACCUUAUCUGAAGGCAGCGCAUCUACUCUUGUAAGCCUCUAGCUAAUUGCUUAAAAUGGAUUUUUUGUUGCUGGA